UUCUUCUCUCUCGAAUCCCAAGUGUAAAUACUAUGAGCAACGGGUGGUGUCUUCGAUUUCUCCGGUUAUGAAUCCUGCUAACAACAAUCCAGUUGCAGCGUCAGCCGUAGCCUUAGCCCUAGCUCCGCCGCUACAUCCGCCGCAGCCUCACCGUCCUUCCACCUCCUGUGAUCGUCACCCGGAGGAGCGUUUCACCGGAUUUUGCCCUUCUUGUCUCUUCGAGCGUCUCUCUGUUCUAGACGUCACUACUAGCAAGAACGCCGUCGCGUCUUCUUCUUCUUCCAGGAAACCACCGUCGUCUUCUGCCGCCGCUCUUAAGGCAAUCUUCAAGCCAUCUUCUUCCUCCAACGCCGGGUUAUUGUUCCCAGAGCUUCGGAGGACGAAAUCGUUCUCGGCGACAAAGAACGAAGCUUUUUCUCUGGGUGCGUUUGAGCCGCAGAGGAGAUCCUGCGAUGUGAAGGUUAGGAACACUCUCUGGUCUCUGUUCAACGAAGACGCCGAGCAUAAUUCUCAUACCAAAGAGGGUUUUUUAACAGUCGAUUGUGAGAUUGACCUCGAAGACAGAGAUUCCAUCGUCAAGUCGCCUCUUUUCGAGGAAGACGCUGAAAUUGAAAGUGAGAAGGACAUUGAUUGCGGGAAUUUAAAGGAGCCCAGAAGCGUAAUCGACGAAAUCGUCGAAGAAGAAGAAGAAAUUGAAGAAGAGGAAACGGAGAACGUGAAGGAGCAAAUGGAGUUGAAUCCUCAGACGACGACGACGACGAAGAAACCCAACAGAGAUUUCAAAGAGAUUGCUGGGAGUUUCUGGUCGGCUGCGUCGGUUUUCAGCAAGAAACUUCAGAAAUGGAGACAAAGGCAGAAGCUUAAGAAGCAUCGGCGCGGCGGAAUCGGCACCGGAUCCGCCGCGUUAACGGUGGAGAAGUCAAUCGGGAGGCAGCUCAGAGAUACUCAAUCUGAAAUCGCCGAUUACGGAUACGGCCGGAGAUCAUGCGACACAGAUCCAAGAUUCUCAAUUGACGCCGGAAGGUUCUCGCUUGACGCCGGGAGGAUUUCUUUCGACGCCGCUAGGGUUUCGGUGGACGACCCUCGCUACUCCUUCGACGAGCCACGCGCGUCUUGGGACGGAUAUAUGAUCGGAAGAACGGCUGCUCCGCCGCGAAUGCCUUCAAUGUUAUCUGUAUUGGAAGAUUCUCCGGUCAGUAAUCACAUCCUCCGUUCAAUUCCGGUGGAAGAGCCACCGCGAACACCACCAGCGCCUGUAAUGGAAGAGAUUGUCCCUGGUGGAUCUGCGCAGACACGAGAGUACUACACCGACUCAUCUUCACGACGGAGGAAAAGCCUCGAUCGCUCUAACUCCACCAGGAAGAUAUCAGCUUCCGUUAUAGCUGAAAUCGACGAACUAAAACUAUCUGCUUCAAACACUAAAAUCUCGCCUUCUCAAAACGUGAAAGACUCUGUUUCACAAUCGCAUUCACUGAGAGACGAAUGCUCAGCUGAGAAUUUCGAAUUUGGUGUCCGGGAAAACGCAGGGAAUGUGGAAUCUUGCAAGAAAGGGACGAAGAAAUCUAAAAAAUGGAGUUGGAACAUAUUUGGGCUACUUCACAGGAAAAAUGGGAAUAGAUACGAAGAAGAAGAAGAAGAAGAAGAAGGAAGAAGCGGUGUGGAUAGAAGAACGUUUUCGGGGUCGUGGAAUGUAGAAACUAGAAAUGGGUUUGAUCCGAAGAUGAUAAGAAGCAAUAGUAGUGUGAGUUGGAGAAGUAUUGGUACCGGAGGAGGAGGAGGGUUUCACCGGAACAGUGUGGAUGGAUACGUUAGUGGGAAGAAGAAAGUUAGUAGUAAUGGGAGAAAGAUUGAGAAUGGAAUGUUGAAGUUUUACUUGCCGCCGAGUAAAGGAAGGCGAAGAGGAAACAGUGAUUCGACCGGACAAACGAACCGGCCGGUUCCGGCUUCUCAACCGUUUGGUAGAAAUGUUAUGAACUUUUACUAACAAAAUUGUUAUGGACUCAAAAUCUUCUCUUAGAUGUGUAGUUGGAAUAAGUUUGGUAAUAAGGUUGUAUUGAGAGGAAAUUAUUAAAGAUUCUUACUUCUGUAUUUAGUUGAGUCUGAUUCUUGUGUUGGGAUUUGGU